AUGGGAUGCUCAAAAAUAUUUUCUGGUUUGCCUGAAAUAACAAGUGAAAUUAUACAGUAUCUUCAGAAUGAUUUUUCAACGUUACAUUCAUGUAUUCUAGUUAAUAGAUUAUGGUGUCGUCUAGCAAUUCCUUUAUUGUGGGAAGACCCGUUUUCGAAAAAUUGUCCUAAAAACUAUUACUUUAUUGACAUUUACUUGAAUAAAUUAAAUGAAGAUGAUAAAAUAAAAUUGAAUGAAUAUGGAAUCAUAUUUCCUUCGAGUACACUAUUUAAUUAUCCUAGUUUUAUUAAAUGUUUAAGUACACGAACCUUUAGUUGUUCUAUUUCAAACUGGAUUGAUAAUGCAAGGGAUUCAAAAUUUAACAAAGAUUUUAAAUUGUCAAAAUUUAUUUUCUUGUCAUUAAUCAAAAUAUUCAUCAAAAAUGAAGCUAAUUUACAUACUUUUGAAAUUUCAACUACUUUAGGAAUGAUUGAUGGUGAUUCUUUCAAAUCUUUCUUACAAUUAAUUCUACAAAAUCCAAAUUUCAUUUUUAAUAUUAAAAGUUUACGUAUGAAUUAUAGUAAUAAUUUAUUAUCAUUUCAAGAUUUUCACAAAAUAUUCAAUUCUCAACAAAAUCUCAAAACAAUUUUUUUUGAUUAUAGUAGUUAUCCUUUAACAAGUUUAAAAUAUUCUAAUUGUUCUAAUACCUUAAAAAUAAUUAUAUUUCAUAAAGUUUAUUUAAAUAAUUGGGAAGUUAAUUUUAAUGAAGUAUUUGAACAACUAAAUGUUUUAGAUUCAAUUCAUAUUCUUUAUUGUUAUCCUUUAAAUUCUGCUUUUAUUCAACAAAUUAUUAAUCUAACUAAACCAUUUAAACUAAAAUCUUUAUUUAUGGAUGAAGGCCCUGUAUCACAAAUUGAGUCAUUAGAAUUAUUAUUACAAAAAUUUGGUAAUUACUUGGAAAAUAUUGGAUUUGAAUCUUCAAUAGAUCAUGAAUUUAAAUUUCAAUUAUUUAAUUUAGCAAAAAUCUAUUGUAAUAAAAUCAAAUUUCUAGAAAUACUUGAAUUUGAUGAUCAAAAUAUUUAUUCAUCAUUUAAUUUAAUGAAAAAUAUUCAACAUAAUCUUAAUUAUCUUUCUAUCAAUUUUUGUCAAUUUGGUUGUUAUCAAUUAAGUUAUGAUGAUAAACUUAGUUCAAUUGUAUUACAAAAUUUAGGACAGAUUCUACCUUAUAGAUUAGAAUAUUUAAGUUUGGCUCUUAAAUUCAAUAUAAAUGAUUUGGAAGUAUUUUUUAAGAAUUCUAAAAAUACUUUUAUUAAGAAAUUAUUAAUCAGGAAUAAGAUGUAUCAAGAAAGUGAAGAAAUAUUACCAUGUAUUAAAAAAUAUGCCAUGAAAGAAAAAAGGAUCGCAAAUUUAGCUAUAGAAAGUCUUCUUUAUUACUCUAAUAAUGUAAGGAAAGAACUGUUUCAUUUAAAAGAUGAAGUAGAAGAGUUUAAAUUUUAUGAUAUUCAAGUUACAAGUUAUGAUAAUUUAUGUAUUAAAGUUCAUGAUUUUAUAAAUAAAUUGUAUUACUAA